GCUGGCUCAGGGUGGGCUCAGUGGGUGCAGAGCAGAGCAGGGGGCAGGGCAGGGCUCAGCUCACCUCGCUCCCUGCCAGUGGCAGCUGGCAGUGCCAGUCCCGCGGGCAUUGUCAGCCCUGCUCCCCACGGGCUCAGCCACCAGGAAGGAUUUCGUUUUGCUGAACAAGGUUUUUGUUACAAAGCAGCGAGUGCACAGAGCAGAAUGCCCACAAACCUCAGGAUGUGGAGAACUCAGCUUCCAAAGGAAGCUUGGAGGAGGUUAGUGCAGGUGAGUGGCAGAAAGGAGGAUGUGGUGUUCCCAUCUGAGUGACUCCACAUCAGCUGCAGCCAGCCGUGGUUCUGCUCCUUUGAAGGCCUUGACAUGAAGUGAGAUAUGACUCUGAGAGAAUUGGUGGUUAAAAACUUCCUUAUCAGAUGAAUAGCAACUGAAGGGUCUCACAGAUUAAUGAAUAAAAGGUUCUGACAAACGACUGCAGGAUAAUCAACAAAUAGCUGAGCAAUUAGGGCAAAAUGUUCAUAGAAUAGAUAAAAGGCAGAAAAUGGUAAAUAAUCAACAUGAAGGAUGGUGAGCAGGGGUUCAGGUAGUACAUCAUGGGCUCCAGCAAAGAGCACACCUGGGGCUGUGAGGGGGAUGGAUCUGGCACUAGCACAAAUAAAGGCAUUUCCAUUGUUUAUUAGUUCAGGAUUAGUUCAGGUAAGUUCUGACAAUGCUAGGCAGCUUCAUCAAUCACAGCCAGAGCUUUGGAAAGGAGAAAAACACCAAACUGAAUGGAAAGUUGUCUUGAUUUUCCAGGUGACAGAAAGGAGUGAGUGUCAACCAUCACCAGAGCUGGACCAGCACAGAAACGUGGAUCUGCUGUGGUGGGUAAGGACAGCUCUUCCAGCUGUAUUGUGCAUGGAUUUUACUGGAGCUGGGCACCUGGUUGAGAGGUGUUGGGGUCUUUUUGUUCUGCCCACUGCAUGCAGUGUGGUGCCUGUGUUUCACCCUGGAGGGAUGCUCCCUGAGAUGCCCACACUGUCUCCUCUGUGUCAGAGCAUGGCCCUUUCCUGCAGCAGGGUGGUGCCCAGUGGGAUAAAGGCAUUUCAGCCUUGCUUGCACUGGGACCUGGGGCUCUCUCCUCUCUGGGGUGCCUGCUCUCUCCAUCACCCACAGCUGGGUAUGUUCAGGGCUGGCUCAGAGCUGCAUCAGCCCCACUUUCCCAUUGCCAGCCAUGCUUUGCUGUGGCUGGAAGGAGCACACCAGCUCACCCAGCAGUUUGAAAGCCCUUAUGUUUUAUUUCCUUUUGCCUUCCCUCCGUUUCCCAGCCCCAUCCAGUUUAAUUUAAAAGUACUGUGCUCCCCUUUCCUGGGAGGCCAGCGUGUGUCUAGCAGGCAGUGUAGACACAGCCAUGCACUAUUGUUCCUGUCAGCUCCAAUCACAGAGCCAUCACCAUCAUGGCAAAUCCCUUCCUCCCAUCUGCAUUCCUCUGCAUCCCAUCCUCCCUCAGACCUCCAUCCCCAGCCCCUGCAAGCAAUCCAGCAGCUGGGGAGGGAGGGCUGCCUUGUUAUGGUGGGGGGUCUUUUUCCUGUCAGGAACUUGUUUUUUCUGCCAGCAGCUAGGAUCUCUUGAGAGAAAGCAAACUGAAAACGUCUUUGAGCAGCCUCUUCUGUUCUGCCCUCCUGGUGCCAGUUGAAAAUGAGAAGAAAAAGGUGUGUGUGGGGGAAGAUUAAAAAAAAUAAAGAAAAGAAAAAGCUCUUCAAAAAGGAAGGCUCUUCCAGAGCCCAAACAAUCAAUGGGACAAUAGGAGAAGAGGAUUGCAGCUCUGCUCCAUCCCCAAGCUGGGCUCUGAAGUGGCCUGGGCGAGGAGCUGAACAGACAGAGCCUGGGCAGAGGGCAGAGCUGGAGCCAGCUGGGGCCAGCCCUGCAAUCAGGCCCACGCUGAGGGCUGGGGGCUCUACCCAGGGCUGGGGACACAGGCAGCAGUGACCCCGAGCCCCAGCUCAGUGCCCUGGGCCUGCCCCACUGCACAAUUCACCCCUGCGCCUGCCCCACUGCACAAUUCACCCCUGAGGGCUCUGAUAAAGACACACCUGCACAGCUGCAGGUGUGACCUCUUCUGUUUGCCACCAAAAACACAGAGGGAGAGAGUCAAGGAUCAUUAGCUGAUGAGGCAAAACUGCCUCUUGCCUUGUGCUUCUAUUUUUCCUGUGAGUAUCACAGAAAAAUUCCAAUCAGCUGCUUGGGAGGCAUAGCUUGCUUGUCAUCCUUGCUGUGUCCAGGACAGGCCUCUGUGGAGGGCAGAAGAGAAAUUCUGUUAUAAUUUGGGAGCAAAUUACAGCAGUUUCUGCAGUUUGGGCAGCUCCAGCCUGUACACUCCCCAUGCCAUAGCUCCAGAGGCUGUCAGUGGCCCCAGAGAGCCUGCAGGCUCUGGCAUCCUCAAAGGCAUCUAAUUGUUCAGGACACAGUGAGUAUCUGCACUUACAGAAAUCAAGGCUGGAGUGGAGCUCCCCUGAAAGCCAGGCUCUGAGAAGCCAAGAUUCAUUUUCAGAAAUGUUUCAGGUGCGUUUCCAGCGUGCAGAGGCACACAGCAGCUCUGGCCAGGCUGCUCUGGCAGGCAGUGCUGGCCCCUUGGCUUGGCUCUGGCUGCAAACACACACACACAGAGCCUGCUGUGCAUCUCCCACCUGCCUGCCUGCCUAAUUCCAGGAUUACAGCUCAGGGACAGGUAAGGAUGAUGGGCAUGGCAGAGGAUCUCAUGUCCUUACAUCUGCAGGGAGCCCCGUGCCGCUGUCCUGCUGGCAUGAGCCGUGUAAGCCUCUCACUCAUCAUCACCUUGGGAAGGGGGAUUUGCUCAGCCUGGGGUGCUUCGCUCAGGUUUUGAUGUGCUGGCUGAGAGAACUCCGUGGCUGCCUCUGUGUAUGGGAAUUAAUUGUGGAUCUGGGCUGUACAAAGCAAUCUUGUGGGCUCCUGCUUCGUUAGUGAUGGGAUCCGCUGGCCACUGCACCGCUGAGUGCCUCAAUUCACACUGCAGACAGCAUUGCUGGAAGGAGCAGACAUCUGGGUGCAAUUUGGGGUGUUUCACCAAUUGUGUGGAAUUUGGGAUGUUUCACCAUUUGUGUGGAAUUUAUGUGGAAUUUGUGGUAUUUCACCAGUUGGGUGGAAUUUGGGAUGUUUCACCAAUCGUGUGGAAUUUGGGAUGUUUCACCAUUUGUGUGGAAUUUAUGUGGAAUUUGGGGUGUUUCACCAGUUGGGUGGAAUUUGGGAUGUUUCACCAAUUGGGUGGAAUUUGUGUGGAAUUUGGGAUGUUUCACCAACUCUUCUCAUUUAAUUCCUAGCAUCCUCCUCUCAUCAGGAGGGCAGCUUGUGGUGAGAGGCCCGAGCACAGGGUAAGUGUUGUUCUCCCUGCUGGAAAGGUGUCCUAUGGAAAAGAUUCCACUGAUUUUCUUUCCCAGAGAAAGCAGGUUAGUGUGCAGGGUCUGGCCUGUGGGCAUGGACAGGCACCUCGAGGCUCCUGCUGGUUUAAGGACAGAGUAAAAUGUCCCAACAGCUACAGAUGAACAGCAGAACACAAGGCUGAAGUGGUUAUUUUCUUCUCUUAACCAGUCUCUUCUUAUUUGUAAACUAAUUAAAUUUAUUCUUUGGCAAUUUGAUACCCCGAGCCACCACCUGCAGGAGCCUUAUUGUUUGGUAAAAAGGAAUCAUUUUUGUUUUCCAUAAGAGACCUGGAGAGGACAAAGAAGCAUUUCUAUAUUGUAUGCAUUGGCAAGAAGGAUUAGACAGGCUGUAAUCUUGGUCAGUCUGACUUCUACAAUUAUGGAAAAUUACAAAGAUUGAUGUUAGUUGCAAUUUAUCUUAUUCACAAACUGGUACAGGAUGAAUCUUCUCUUUUGAAAUACAUAUUUCACUAAAACUAGAGUACAUAUGAAGUGAAUUCUUUUUCUUUCUUUUCCCCAUCAGAUUGAUAAUAGUCUGUGUAGGAAAGAGCUGAAAAACACAAAAAGAAAAAGUUGGAGCUAUUUGAAUUGUCAUGGCAAUAUCCUGGAUUUUUCAAGAAGUUUGGUUCUGUUUAGCUAGUCACUUUAAUUUUCCUUCACUAACUUGUCUCCAUUCUCUGCCACAAUGAUAAUUCUUUAUAUGACUGUCAGCCCUUUGCAUUGUGACAGCUUAAAUUAAUGUUUUGAUAUUUCUCUCUUUGUAAGAAUACAACAAAGAAGACAACUGCCAAGGAUAGGACAGAAACUAUAUGAAUGUAAAACAGACACUGCGCACCAAUAAAGCCAGAAGGAAUAAUUUUCA